UCUUAAAUCAUUUAAAAAUCAUUGACGUCUCGAAAUCAUUUUGACAAGCACGAUUAUUUUUGCCUGCAAAUUCUUCAAAUUCUGAAAUUUUCAUUAAUUGUACGUCUACAAUUUGUUAACCAUAAGUUAGCUUGAAAGAUCUAAAUAUAAUGUAACAGUUUGAAUAUUAAAUUUACAAAGAACGAGAAAUCACUGGCAAAUUUUUCACCAAGAGCGACUACACGUCAUUAUGAGAAAACCUGUGAAAUGAUGAAAGAGAGAGAGUUUAUUAGAAUUGUUAAAAUUAAACUUCACUUUUCGCGCGUGAACUUCGCAAAAUGCGUCAAGUAUCCGUAACUCUCCGCCGUGGCGCCAUACGAAGCAAGAUCUACAUGUAUGCAUGUACAUAUAUAUAUGUAUGAAAUUGCGACGAAGUGUAUCAGUAUGCUCAGUAUGUCAAUAUACAUCGAUGUUGGAAGUACGUUCGUGUACUACGAAUCAUCUCGAAGUACAGUAAUUACCAGAAAAAAUGCUGUCCAGACAAUUCCUUCAUGGUGCACAAACACGUGCAACGGUGCGAUGGUUCACACGUAGCAGUAUCUCCCGAGAUACUAGUGAAAGUAAUAAAACACAAGCAAGUAAUCAAAGUAAAGAUGAAAACGUCGUAUCAGGAAAACGUAUGCACCACGUCACUGAUUUUGACAGGAAAGUACUAGUCUGGGUAAAACGAUAUCCCAGUGUUGCAGAGGUCCCUCAAGAUAUUACUGAAGAAACCCUACUCACUGCAAGAAGUAAAGCUCGAAUUAAGGCCUCUAACUACAUGAUUGUUGUAACCUUGAUUGGUUGUUUAUUUGCUGCGUUUCUUGGAAAAAAGCAGGUUAAAGAAGGAGACUCCUUGCAUAAACGAAGACUAGAUUGGUAUAAAGAGGUUACAGAAAAAGACAAAUAAAUAUGUAAAUACUCGGGGAAAAUUUAGAAAUAUGUUAAAAAUACUUAGGCCAAAUAUAUUUUGGGAAGCCAAUAGAUAUUGUGGUUGUUUCGGAGCAUUAUUUCAUAUGAUAUUUUUCAUGCAGAGCAAUAUUCACGCUUGAUAAUUAUAUGAUGUAGAAGGAACAUUUUAUUAAGCAGCGAUCUUUCAAUUAAAGCAAUAAUUUUGCAAAUAUAAUUCAAAUGAAGCAAAAUAAUUAAUAAAACAACAAGAUAUAUGCAUGUACAGAUCUAUUGUAAACUUAUAUAUUUUAUUUCUAUGCGAAUUUUCCUGGUUUAUGUAUACAAUAUAUUGUACAAUCUGAUCCUCAUUAGAUUAACAAUUAUUUGAAUUUCUUGCAAAAUAUACAUUUGUGUAAAUAGCUAUACAAUCUUUAUGAUCCAUGUACGUUCCAUCUAUAGUCAUCCUCGUAGAUAAUGCACAAGUAUAAUAAACGCUUGUAACAGAAUCUCCAUGUGUACCGUAAAUCUUCGUCACAAGAUAACAUAAUUCACAGGAAAUAAACGAAUUAUUGCUA